AUGGCAGCAGCGCGGUCGUGGGGCGCUCCGGCUUCAGUGGGCGUCGCAGUCGCCGUCUUCGUCGUCUUCUCCGCGCUCUUCUUCGCGGAUCUCCAUGCAACGUCGCGUCUCCAGAACUCGUGUGGCAUGACGUACUCUUCACCCGUCUUCACGGCGCUGCCGAUGCCAGCGGCCACGGACGCCGCCAUGCAGCACACGCACGCCAAGUACACCUUCUCAAUGCUGCACGUGGCUGAUGACGCUCGCCUUGGACAAAAGCUCUUUAGCGGCGUACCACUGCUCUUUGUACCCGGGCACCUCGCCAGCUACAAGCAGGCGCGGUCGUACGGGCAGCACUUUCAUGAGCUCUACCGCAGCCACGGCGACAUCAAGGCUGGUAUCGACUUUUUUCUCGUGGACUUUAACGAAGAGGCAACGGGCUUUACGGGGCACUUCAUGGCCGAGCAAGGCUACUUUAUCAACGAAGCCAUCAAGGCGAUCCUGGCACAGUAUGCCCAUCUCGAUGCUACGCUGCGCCCGACGUCUGUGAUCGUUCUUGCGCACUCAAUGGGCGGCAUUGCCGUGCGCACGGCGAUGACGCUACCCAACUACAUGCCGAACUCGAUCUUGACCAUGGUGACGCUCUCGACGCCACACAUGCAACCGCCGUUUCCGCUGGACAGCAAGAUGGCAGGCGUGUACGCCUCGGUGAACAGCGCGUGGCGCGCAUUCGCGAAUUCUUGCAACGAGUCGGCGUGCACCAACCCGGUCUUUGAAGACGUCGUCGUUGUCUCGAUCGCGGGCGGACACAAGGACUUUGUGAUCCACUCGUCGCUGGCGUCGCUCGAGUCUCUUCUGCCGCCGACGCAUGGCCUCGCCCUCCUCACGUCCGCGAUGCCGUCCGUGCAAACUUCCAUGGAUCAUCUGUGUCUUUUGUGGUGCCAUGAGCUGCUGCAGACGAUCACAUCAGCUCUCAAUGCCCUCAUCGACCCGACGGCUCGCCGUAUUGUCGCUCGUCGCGAGUCGCCGCCGUCCUUGACCGUGCCGGGGUUUGCCACGUCUGAGCGCGAUCUGUACCCGAUCUGGACACCUCUCGUACUUUCAGACUUGAGCCGAACCCACUACAUUCUCGUCUUCCCAGUGCUCUUUGGCAUCUCGGUCGCGAUCUUGGCCACGCAACUCGAGCGCUGGCAGCUACAAAUCGCUGACACCGCGACCUUUACCGCGCUUCUCGCGCCGACGCAGCACUGGCGCUAUCCUCUCGAGCAUGCCAGGGCUAUGGACUUGCCAUCGCCAGCCGUUGGCGCGGGUCUCGUCGCCGCGAUGCUCGGUCUCUACUACGUGGACGCGAUUGAAAGCGUUCUGUGCUACAGCUACGUCUACUUGUACGUGGUGGGAUGCGUCUUCUGCCUAUCGCAUUCGCUUGGCCGCGUCCUCCGCCCGUUCACGUACUCGGCUGCGCGCUGCAGCACGCUUUUUACGCCGUCCGUUCUUGGUACGGCAGUGAUCAUGAUCGUCUUCGGCACCGCCCACGGCGUGUACGGCUUGCCACUCGAUGCCUCCCGGGAGCUAGCGCUUGCUUGCCUCAGCACGCUUGGUACACAUGUACUGACGUGGAUCUCGCUGCUGCUGCUGCCGAGCCGGUCGCCCGGGCUCGCUGCGUAUCAAGCGACGGUAUUUUCUGUCUACGCCGCCGUGUUCCCUUGCUGGCUCGGCGAUGCGGUAUACUUUGUCGAUGUCGUCCGGUUCCCGCGCGCGAUCGAGCUCAAUUUUCUGAGCACUGUCGUGUGGUUUAUGCUGCUGCUGGGCCCGUGUUUACGCCACGUGCUCCUCGCCCGCAAGUACUACUUUCCACUGCCCCCCGCUGCGAUGUUUGGCCGCAUGCACGGAGCGACGCUCGAGACGCCGACGACAUCGACGCCCGACGCUUGCAGCAGUUGCUUUGUCGAAGACGGCGGCGUCGGCGCCGUCUUUAUUCAAGCGACGACGUCCGAGACGGUGCGCAUCGGUAGUGUCGUCGUCGGCCCGACGUUCCGCGUCGUGGCGUGCGACUGCGGCGUCCGUUUCUCGAGCAGCGUCGACUACUGCGACUUUUGCCGUCGCGUGUGCACCGAGUGCGGUGGUGGCGAGGUCGCACGCCAGGAGCGCCGCCACUUCCGCGAGUACAUGCACAUGAUGCACGAAACAGUCGUCGCGCAUCGCAGCGUGAGCUCGCUUCUUUGGCUGGUCCUCUUUGGCGGCCUCGGGCUUGCAAACAUCACGCGCAGCGCCCACUACAUCGUGUACCUCGGGGCUUGCGUUGGUGUCGUCGCGAGUGUCUAUCACACUGGCCUUCGCGGCGCGCUAGACGUCGAGGACGGGCUCGCCGUAACGCCCAAGACGGCCGAGCCGCUCAUGCACGAAGUGCAAACGCCCAAGAAGAAGAAGAAGGUCACGAAGACCACAUAA